AUGACCCACAAAGGGUUGACAAGUCGUAAUUAUUUAUCGACUAUCAUAUCCUCUUUCUCUCUUUACUUCUUAUCUCUCUCUCUCUCUUUUACUCUCUUUACUUCAUAUCUAUCUCUUCCCCUCUUUACAUCUUACCUCUCUCUCUCUUUCUCUUUUUCUCUUACUUCUUGUCUCUCUCUCCUCUCUCUCUACUUCUUAUCUCUCUCUCUUUCUCUCUUUACUUCUUAUCGCUUUCUCUUUCUCGUUGUACUUCUUACCACUUUCUCUCUUUCUCUUUACUUCUUAUCUUCUCUUUCUCUCUUUACUUAUUAUCUCUCUUUCUUUCUCUCUUAUCUCUUUGUCGCUUUACUUCUUAUCUCUCUUUCUCUUUUUCUCUUUACUUAUCUUUCUCUCUUUUUCUUUUUCUCUUUACUUAUCUCUCUCUCUCUCUUUCUCCUCUCUCUCUCUACUUCUUAUCUCUCUUUCUCUUUCUCUCUUUACUUAUUAUCUCUCUCUUUCUCUCUUUACUUCUUAUUUCUCCCUUCCUCUUUUUCUCUUUACUUCUUAUCUCUCUCUUUCUCUUUCUCUCUUUACUUCUUAUCUUUUUCUCUCUUCUUAUCUCUUUCUCUUUCUUUCUUUACUUCUUAUUGCUUUCUCUUUCUCGCUGUACUUCUUAUCUCUUUCUUUCUCUCUUUACUUCUUAUCUCUUUCUUUCUUUACUUCUUAUCUCUCUCUUUCUCUCCUUUCUUCUUCUUCUUCUUCUUCUCUCUCUCUGUCUCUUUCUCACUAUCCUUUAUGCACUAUGUAUGUAUUUUUAUCUUUACCCCCCCUUCACUCAUUCUCUGUAUGUCAUUCCUCCCUAUCUGUAGAUAUAUAUUUUCUCUCUUUCCUCCGCUUCAUGCACUCUCUGUUUGUCACUCCACUUCUGUAUGUAUGCCUUUAUCUCUUUACUCCCUUUUAAUCACUUUUUUGUUUCUCAUUCCCACCCCGCCUCCAUGUAUAUGUAUGUAUUUUUCUCUUUACUCCCCCCCCCACUCACUCACUCUGUCAUUCUCCUUCUCUGCAGGUAUGCCGAUAUCUUUUUACUCCCCUUCAUUCAGGCUUUGUUUGUUAAACGUCUGUAAGUAUGUAUUUAUCAUUUUACUCUCUUUUUUAAUUUUCUUCGCCUUCACUCUUUUUUCACUCCUCCCCCUCCCUAAUCAUUUGUCGAUAAAAGAUAAACACAUAAUUCAUAACGCUGUCCAUGUAAAGUAG